AUGACCGGCUCAUCCGGGGAAAAGGUACAGUCACAGAAGAUCAGAGAAGGUUUCCGAUGGCGACACGUGGUAGGAUUCGAGAGGACGUGGUUCCGCAACGCGCGGACAUCGACAGAGCGGCACGGAGGCGGGGCCGCGUGCGGGCAGUGCGUACGCAUUCAAUAUUAUAUGCGCACCCCGCCCAACACCCCGCCUACAAAUCAAAGCCAGCGCGUGCCGGUGCAUCCUUUUUUCCGUUGCGCCUCCGUCGAAUGGUGGCCAGUUAGCAUUCUCACCAAGGAGGUCGCGUAUCCAACUCAGGCGAAGAACUAUGGCAGAGGA